AUGAAGGCGGCCGCGGGCUCCAACGAGAGGGAGCCGGAGGGUGCCGCCAAGGGCAGGGUCAGGGCGGCAGGGGCAGGUGUCAAGGGCGGUGCAGGGCCGGCCACGAAGACGGCGGCUGCUGGCGUCCCCGGUCAGAAGAGGAAGAAGGGACAGCAGGAGAAGGAAGAGGCAGGGGAGGAGCAGGGAGUAAUCGGAGAGAGCGAGGGCGCAGCAGCUGAUGAGGACGAAGAUGAGGAGGUGGAGGAGGUGAAGGAGGAGGAGGAGGAGGAGGAAGAGCAGGAGAAGCCUGCUAAGAAGAAGCAAAAGGCUGCAAGAAGGUGGGCCUGUGAAGGCAGCUGA